AUCGCCUACGCGCGCGCCUACAACAGCGACCACCAGACGCAGCUGCUCGUGGAGGCGGCGCACAUGAUGUCGGAGGCCAGGUAUGCGUUGCUGGUGGUGGACAGCGCCACCGCCCUCUACAGGACCGACUUCUGCGGCAGAGGGGAACUGGCGGCCCGUCAGAUGCAUUUGGCGCGCUUCAUGCGAAUGUUGCAACGCCUGGCCGACCAGUUCGGUGUGGCGGUGCUCAUCACCAAUCAGGUGGUGGCUAAUGUGGACGCGUCGGCCGUUUUCAGCGCCGACACCAAGAAGCCGAUCGGCGGCCAUAUUAUGGCUCACGCGUCCACCACACGGCUGUACCUCAAGAAAGCGAAGGGCGAGAAUAGGGUGUGUCGAGUGUACGACAGCCCCAACCUCCCGGAGGCCGAGGCUAUGUUUAGUAUACAGUCGGAUGGCAUUCAGGACGCCAAGGAGUAG